CACACACACACAUAUACACUCAUGCACUUGUUGAGCUAGCAGCCACACACUCACACACAUACACAUCACGGUGUCUGUGGAUUGCGGCCCCCUGGUUUGCCGUGGUGUGGUGGCAAACGAGGUAUGGAGAGGACCGAGAGGAUUCAAAGGCCCGUCAUGGGCUCUGCAGACUCCUACACCAGCCGGCCGUCGGACUCAGACGUGUCCCUGGAGGAGGAUCCCGAGGCUCUGAGGAAGGAGGCCGACAGACAGGCUCUCGCCACACUCGAGAAAGCAAAGACCAAACCGGUGGCAUUUGCUGUGCGCACGAACGUCGGCUACAACCCGGGCCCCAGCGAUGAUGUUCCUGUGCAGGGCAUGGCCAUCUCCUUCGAAGCCAAAGACUUCUUGCACAUUAAAGAGAAGUACAACAACGACUGGUGGAUCGGGCGUCUGGUGAAGGAGGGCUGCGAGGUGGGCUUCAUUCCCAGCCCCGUCAAACUGGAGAACACCCGUCUGCUGCAGGAGCAGAGGAUGAGACAGAACCGACUGAGCUCCAGUAAAUCUGGAGGAAGUUCUAGCCUGGACGUUGCCACGGGAACCCGCAGGCCCACCCCACCUGGCACAGCUCACGUGGACAUGUCCACGGUGGCCUUUGACGUUGACCCCCUCGACCUGGAUGCCGAGGAGCCCCCUGAGUCGCAGGGUGACCCUCGCUCCUCCAAGGGCAUGUCGGGCAGCGUAACAUCCCCCCAGGCCAACGCCCACCGACUGCCCUUCUUUAAGAAGAUGGAGCACGUUCCUCCCUACGAUGUGGUUCCCUCCAUGAGACCCAUCAUCCUCGUCGGACCUUCACUCAAAGGCUACGAGGUGACAGACAUGAUGCAGAAAGCGCUCUUUGACUUCCUGAAACAUAAGUUUGAGGGCAGGAUAUCCAUCACACGGGUGACAGCAGACAUCUCUCUGGCCAAACGCUCGGUCCUCAACAACCCCAGCAAACACACCAUCAUCGAGCGCUCCAGUACUCGCUCCAGCCUGGACGUACUGGCGGAGGUGCAGAGUGAGAUAGAGCGUAUCUUCGAACUGGCUCGAACCCUGCAGCUGGUCGCUCUGGAUGCAGACACUAUCAACCACCCCUCUCAGCUGGCCAAGACCUCCCUGGCUCCCAUCAUUGUCUAUAUCAAAAUAGCCUCGCCCAAGGUUCUCCAGAGGCUCAUUAAAUCCAGGGGGAAGUCUCAGGCCAAACACCUAAAUGUGCAGAUGGUUGCAGCAGACAAGCUGGCCCAGUGCCCACCUGAACUGUUUGACAUCAUCCUGGACGAGAACCAGCUGGAGGACGCCUGCGAGCACCUGGCCGACUACCUGGAGGCCUACUGGAAGGCGACGCACCCGCCCAGCAGCAACCCUCCCAACCCGCUCCUGAACCGCACCAUGGCCACGGCAGCGCUGGCCGCCUCCCCCGAGCCCGUCUCCAACCUGCAGGUACAGGUGCUCACCUCCCUGCGCAGAAACAUGGAUCUGUGGCCCGACAUGGACGGUGCCGUAGCCGGCGAGGGGAAAGAGGAAGAACACGCUCUCUGAAGUCCGGCAGGGGGGGGAUGGGGGGGGAGACUCCGGCAACUCGACCCAAACUCAGCAGCCCUGAAGGAGGAUUAAAACCCUGUUUAUGCUGUAUAUAGAAACACACAAACACACCUAUGCGGGACACACAAAUGAGCCCACUCAUGAACACCUACAAGUAACACGACCUAGUCUUUCCUUCUGUUGAAAACUGUGAACUCAACGCAAACUGGACUCAAGGAUUCGCCCAUAAGUCACCUCCACCCCCCCGAGGCUGCUUCCAUGUCGCUGUAAUCAAGAGUAAAAUAAUAUCUGCUGCCCCCACCCUGCCCUCUUUAGCUCCAUGGCCUCCUUUUUUUUUUUUUUUCUCCUGCACUUUUUUUCUUCUGGGAGGCUGACUCCAGUUCGCUGUCCUCCUCCGUGUUGCCAUGGCACCGCCCCUGAAAACAGCAAGUCAUGUCCGCCUCUUCAAAUAGAAACGCUCAGUUUGGUGGAGGCUGUUGCUAACGCUCUGUCCACUUUAAUCAAUUUAUCGGAAGCGUGGCGGCAAAUUACUAAUCAGUUUGGUUUGUCUUCCUUCACUCACUGCUGGCUGCUCAGCAGCUGUAAUGAGUCGCAUGCUGUCGGACUACGUUCAUGUUUUUGACAGUGCUGCACCGUUUUUACAUGCAAUCGUGCAAUAAGUGAUAAAAAUAGCUGCUCGAAAAAACUUGUUGGUGUUUCUUAGUUGAUGUGAAACUGCUUCGGGGCUGAGCUUUGUCGUUUUGUAGUCUUAGACAUGUCUCUGCUUUGUUCUGCUGUGAGCUCAGUCUGCCAGCAGGUGGCACUCUCGUACAGGUAGAAACUCACCUCAGCUAGAACGCUUCCAUCCCAGCAAGAACUUAUUUUGUUCUAUAAACUGUCUGAUAAAGUUCUGCAAAGUUCUAGUAAUGUUUUCAAAAAGUUUUCUUUUAGUUCCCAGAAUGUUCUUUUUAAAGGCAAGAAAAAGUUUCUUCUAAGACAUUUCCCAAAUGUUGCAUUGAGAACAAUUUUAAAGAAGAAUGCAACAUCCCCAAAGUGUUCUCAGAAUGUUACAGGCAAAAUGUUCCACCUAUGAAUUAUGGAAACAUUUUAUAAAAACACACUC